AUGUCUACUGCUAAUGACAUGAGGAAUUGCAGAGAAGAUAUGUCGGAUGUCAAAAUUGUUGAGAAAAUACUUCGAAGUCUCAUCGAUAAAUUCAACUUCGUAGUAUGCUCAAUUAAAGAAUCCAAGGACAUUGACCAAUUAACAGUCGAUGAAUUACAAGCAUCUUUGCUUGUACAUGAACAAAAGGUGAUUGAUAAGAGGAGUGAAGAGCAGGUUCUGCAGGUGGAGAAUGUACCAAGGUAUGGACAAGGAAGAGGUAGAGAGACAUUUCAGAGAGGAAGAGGUUACUCUAGAGGACGGGGAAGAGGGGACAAAACAAGCUUGAUGAAAGUUUCAAACACACUGUCAGGUUCGGAAAUAACUCAAAAUUGGCAGUUGAAGGAAGAGGCAGUGUCAGAUUCGAAGUUGAAGAAUGUGGCGACGGAGGUAGCAAAAGCAGAGGAGAUAAAAGAGAAGGAGGCCACCUAUGACGGCAAAAAGAAGUUAGAAGAAGAUGCAGCUAGGAGGAUGGAAGAAUUAAUUCAGAAGAAUGUUGAAGAAAGGCUAAACUCUAAAGAGACUAGAUUAGAAAUACAGAGGCGAAUAGAGGAAGGUCACAAGAAGUUGUUUGAUGAUGUUGAUGUGCAGCUUGAGAAGAGAAAGAAGCCACUCUUACUGCUACAAGACAAAAAUAAGAACAAGCACGAAAAGAGAGAAGAGCUAGAUAAAAUGCUGGAAGAGAAUAGGAGAAGGGUACAAAAAGCUAAGCGACAAUUAGCUCCGAAGCUGCAGCGGAUGGAAGAAGAACAAUAUUGUGAGCUCGAGUUGAUUCAGAGACAAAAAAAGGAGGUAGCUCGAAGAACUAAGCUAGAUGAUAAAAGUUUGAGUUAUGUUUUGCUGGGAGUUAGUGAAGAGUCGAAAGCUUACAGACUUUAUGAUAUAGAAGCGGCAGAUGAAAAUACUGCAAAGGAAAAUAUUUCCUCGGGCUCUUUAGUUGAAGCAAGCUCUCCUAGCUCAAAUAAGAUGGAAAACAAUAGCACAACUGGAUGUGCAAGUAGCUUUAGUAAUUAUAAUGCAUUGAAGCCACCAUUGGCUGCACAAUUUGAAUUUAAGAAGAAGAAACCUAGUAGAUCAAUCGUGUGGGAUCACUUUACAAUAUUAGAAAACAAUAAUAAGAGGUGCAAGUGUAACUAUUGUUCUAAGGAGUAUGCUUGUGAUACUAAUUCUUGUGGAACUAGCACGUUAUGGAAGCACUUAAAAAAUCAAUGUAGAAAGUACACAUAUAAGGUGGAGGAGAAAGGACAAACCACUCUAAGUUUUCAACUUUCAAAAGAUGGAAAUGGUGGUAGUAAUUAA